AUGGGCUGUGGUGCAAGUGCUGGUGCAGUGUCCAACUUUCGGAAGGUGGUGCCGACGCCCGGGGGCAACCCGGCCUGCUUGGUGAUCAGCCAGGACUCGACGGUGUCCGAGGACCUCUCGAUCGCCGGAGGGAACAAUCUGAUCUGGUCUUCCAUGAAAUCGGACAACUUUCAAGCAAGCGAUGAACACGGGCAUCCAUCGCCGCCAGACCGGCGCAUGCACGACCGUCACCUACGAAGGCUUGACCGUCUGCAGAAUUUUGUCGUUGCGGAUCCCGAGUCGUUCGAGAGUGAGGUACGUGGCCGACGUGGAAGCAGGUGUGGGACCACGGUGAGCAACCCGUUGCAAGGGUCACCAUCGGAUGUUGUGGGCGAUGAGUACCUCCAGUACAUAAGUCCAUAG